CUUUUAAAUACAAUGAAGGUCAAGCACCUGAGCAGUGCUAGGUCAACUAAAAACUCCUAUAAGCAAGGAGGACCUCUCCAGUCUCAACCAAAAGGAGACUACUCCAACCGACAGAGUAGUAUCUUUGAAAGCAAGAGGAAAUCUGUGAAGAGCACUCUUCUCAAGAAAUCUGGAAAAACUCUUAAAGAAAUAUACGCCAUCAACCAAAAUGUCAAGCAGUGCAUUGACAAGAAGAAGGGAUGGAGCCGGAAGAAGUCAACCAGUCGGAGUUUUACCUCUAAUAGUCUCAAUUCAGGACGGUACAAUAGAAAGACGAUUUCAAACCAAAAGCUUAAGAAAAUAAACGACAAAGUGCAGGCUGUGCUCUACCCAAACACCAGCGUAUCGAAGGAUAAGAACAACGAUAUCGUAGUGGGGCUUGACUUCAGGCAUAGUUUCAGUCAUGAUUUUAAUUACAAAGAGAGUCCUGAUAAAAAUAAUUCUAUACAUAAAAGAAUCAUCAGUGCAGGCAAUAAGCUCAAUAUGGUCGAUUCAAAUUUACUAAGAGAGCGUGGAAGGGAGAUUAAGAUAAAAUAAAAAGAAGUUUCAUAUAUCCUCAAAGCCUAAUAGAGAAGGCGCCCGGAGUGAGGUGUCCAUCUACACUCCUGACACCAAGACUCCUGCCACUACUUACAUAGAUAUGAAGACCCAGACGGAGAUGUGUCUGCUACCUCAACCAAAGAUCCAAUCAAUAGUGAUUGACUCUAGUGAGCCGACUAUGAGGAAGUCCUGUAGAUCACAGAACCCAGAGAUGGUGAAUUUUAUCAAGCUCUUAAAGGACCUGAUCAGGUCUGGGAACAUCCAUACUUCCGUCCUGACAGCUUUCAAUGAGAGUUAUGACCCUUCAAUCUAUGAGAAGCUCAGUAAGGAAAACGUAAUCCUGAAGCAGAAGUACAUGAAUGCUGAUAAAGAGCUGGGAGCUGUCAAGCAGCAGAAGGCAAAGCAAGAGAAAUCUCUUAAAGAAAUAGAAGCUAAUUUUAAGUCCCAAAGAGAGAAAUGGCAACAAGAGAAGGAGGAUUUUAACCAAAAGAUCAGCUCCUUACAGGAAGAGACUGAGAAGAUGGCUAGAAGGAAUCAAGAGAUGCUUGAAGAAAUAGAGUUCAUGAAGCAGCGGGAGAUUGAGCGGAUUCAGCAGCUAGAUCUUGACGACAUCGACCUUAUUAGUCACAGCAGUCAGAUGCAGAAACAUAAAUAUAAUGAACAUGUCAAUCACAAGAACAUCUCCAAACCUAAUCCCCUUGUUCCCAAGCUAGACUUCACCAAAAUCUUCGAACAACGUGAGAAGCCUAACCAAAAAGCCGCUUUAAAAGAAACCCUUUACGAUGAAGACAUCACUCUUUCGCACAAAAGUGACUAUGUCACUCCUGCCCUGCAGGAAGGAGACUACCAGUCUCCUUCCUGAGUAGGGUCUCAGUAUAAGGAGUAUUUCUGGGAGGGAUCUCCCAGAAAUACAGAUGAUAGUGAGGAAGUACUGAGAAGAGAGGAGCUCAAGUUGAGGAAGGAGGAGAUUAUUAAUCAGAGUUAUUACAGUUCGGAAACAGACCAAGAAAGAAGACUUGAUGAUGAAUCUGCAACUGAGGAAUUCGGUUCCUUCGGAGGCAUCAUUGAUGACAAGGAUACUAGCAGCGAGUUCAUUAAGGACUGGAUGAUCAGGGAGAAUAUAUCACAGGUCAACCACAAUUCUUCUACGGUUGAUUAAAAUUUCAAUACGUGUUAAAAAU